GGAAUUUACCAAAAUACAUUAGUAGUAGUUUUUUGCUUGUUAGAGCUUGUUAGAAGGAUACAUGCCUCAUGGAAGAGUUACAUAAUGCUUUGAGCACUCUCUAUGCGAGCGUAGAUCGCAAUCAAAAGUUACAAGCAAACUCCUAUUUGGAAGAAUUUCAGAAAAGUGCUACAGCAUGGCAAAUAUGUUUCCAAAUCUUAAAUACGGGUGACAGUAGCAUUGAAUCAAAACUAUUUGCUGCACAGACACUGCGACAGAAGAUUGUAUACGAUUUUCACCAGCUACCAAAGUCUGUUCAUGCUGAGUUGCGAGACAGUAUGAUGCAACUAUUCAUUUCUUCAAAGGAUAGCCCGAGACCAUUAUUGAUAUCAUUUGCAGUCUGUAUGGCUGCAAUUGCUUUGCAUAUGACUGAAUGGCACAAUGUGAUUAAUGAUGUCUUCCAAGCCUGUAGCACUCAUGAUCCGACAGGUCGCUGUAUCUUACAAUUCUUGUCAGUUUUGCCAGAGGAAGCAGCUGAUCCACGAAAAACAUCUUUGACUUGGGAAGAACUCUGUGCUCGUAUAGAUGAAUUACUGCGGGAUAAUGGUCCUGCUGUACUAGAAUUGCUUCUGCAAUAUGUAAACAGUAAUAUUUAUGCUGAUGGAACCUCUAGCGUUGAUUUGAACCUCGUACUGACCAGUUUGACGUCCUGGCUUCGCGAAAUCCCUCUAGAUAAAAUACUCUCAUCCCCGUUGAUCGAACUCGCAUUUCGAUCCUUGGAUAAUGAUAUGCUCAUUGAUGAUGCAGUCGAAUUUCUUUGUGCUGUCUUUAACGAAACGAGGGAAGUAGAUGAAUCAAUGGAUAUGAUUAUGAUGCUUUAUCCCCGUUUACUAGAUCUUCGUCCAAAAAUUAUCGCUCAAAAAGACGACCCAGAUGCCUUUCGUGCAAUCGGUCGACUAUUCACUGAGGCCGGAGAAUCUUGGGUGGUCUUAAUGGCCCGAAUGCCUAAUGAAUUUCUACCGUUGGUAGAAUCUAUUGUACAGAUAUGUGCUAACGAUGAAGAGUUAGAAGCAAUUAAAUUUACUUUUGCUUUUUGGUGGGAUAUGAAGCAAAUGCUAGAAUUAGAAGCGUAUACUCAAGCUCGUGCUAUAUAUGCCCCGCUCUUUUUGGAGAUGGUUGGUAUUGUGGUAAGCCAUUUGCAUUACCCACGAGCGGAUAAUCAACUCUUAAAUGAUCAAAUGGCUCAAGCUGAAGUUUUCUUCGAUGAUCGUGAAUCUGAGGACCGCUUCCGUGCGUUCCGUCAUGAAAUGGGCGAUGUGUUAAAAGAUUGCUGUGCGGUUGUAGGAGUAACUCCAUGUUUGCUUAAAGUUUCUACCAAGCUUUUGGAAACGUUGGAUGCGAAGGAAUCUGGUCUGCCUUACUUUUGGCAAGAUAUAGAAGCCCCUUUAUUCGCUUUGCGUGCUAUGGGACGUAUGGUACCAACUGAUGAAGAUAAAAUUAUCGUUCAUAUGCUGAGAUUCCUUCCGAAGCUUCCUGAAAACAAUAAGGUGCGUUAUGCUGCAAUUUUAUUUGUAGGAAGAUAUACUGAAUGGACUGCACAACAUCCUGAGUAUUUGGAAAUGCAGCUAAACUAUAUCGCAGAAGGAUUUCAAAUUCCUUGCAAAGAAGUCCAAAGUGCUGCCGCACAAGCUAUGAAGCAUUUCUGUUCUGAUUGCCGUGAGCAUCUCGUAAAUCAUCUUCCACAGUUACAUUCGUUUUACCUUAGCAUGAGAGAAGUACUAGAUCCUCAAUCUAUUCUUGAGAUUGCUGAGGGUUUGGCACAUAUUGCUGCCAUUCAACCUAUCACCAAUACCUAUCAAUCACUGCACAGUUUUAUUGCUCCUUCAUUGCAGAAAAUUGUGUUAAGCCAAACAAAGACUGGACACACGGAGCGUGAAAUCGAAGCGGUGGCUGAUGAAAUAGAUAUACUUAUAAUUUUCUUUUCUAUUGUCUACCCACUGAGUUCCUCACAUGAGAUCCAUCCUACUGUUCAACUCUGUUUAGACAUAUGGCCAGCCGUGGCCAGAACUCUGGAUACAAUUCCUAGCGCAUUGAUAUGUGAGCGUAUUUGCAAGCUUUUGAAGAAUGUGAUUAUGACCUUCCGAGAAAAAGCUCUAGUAUUACUGCCGUCAAUUGCGGAAACACUAGUGAAAGGGUUCGAGUGUACACAGUUUGGCUGUUUUCUAUGGGUCAGUGGAACGUGCGUUCGGGAGUUCGGCGUAAUUGAGAUGGAUGAACAAACCCAAGUGUCUGUUUGGGGCUUUGUAGAAAGACAAUGUACAAACAUGUUCUAUUAUAUGACGAAAAAAUCACCGAAAGAAAUCCCGGAUGUGAUAGACGAUUUUUUCCGGUUUAUGAUGGAUGCCCUGUUGGCAAAUCCACAGCGAGUAUUCAUGAGUGACUUGCUGGAACCAUUGAUCCAUGCAUCCUUAGUUUGUCUGCAAGUGAACCAAGACGAAUCUCUUUGUAGUGUAUUGGUUUAUUUACAAGAUCUUGUUUCAUUCGCACUGAGGACGCCUCCUUAUACUCUUUCUGAGCCAGUUUCAGAAACACUAUUAAAAAAAUUACGACUUUUAGUGCUAAAUAACUCUCAACAAAUGUUUAGCAUUUUAUUUAACGGAAUGGCCUUCAUUUUCCCUCGAAAUAAUGUUUCGGAUGCUUCUGCGGUCCUAAUACCUUUAAUUCGUUUGAUAUGCAUGGAGAACAGUAGCCUUUGCGUUCAAUACUUGUCAAGUGUGCUGGAUCAACUUCCGCAAGAUACAAUCGGUCAAGAGGAGAAGGUUAAGUUUUUGGAAACAUUUUCCCGUCAUUGCGAAUCUUCUGAAAUGCCUCGUUUACGUGCACAUCUACAAGAUUGGACGUCUAUGUACCGCAGGAGGGUGCUUUCACCGCGAUCAAAAGGCAUAACAUUGUCAUCUUAGCUUCUUUCAAGAGAUGAUGAAUUUACAUGAUUAAAACAAAAGUGAAGGAAUUAAAAAGAACGAAAAACAAGUACUCGAUAAUUAAUGAUAAAUAUGAGUGGAUAGAUGGAUUGGUUUUUUAAUCUUACUUCCUAUUGUGGUUUGCCAAAAGA